AUGCAAAGCGAUCACCUAAAAUUCGACCUUGUCAUCUACCAUGAAAAGGCUAUGGAAUGCUUUUCUUUCGGACUGACUGAACUCGAACAGAUUAUUUUGCGAAAUAUCAUUGAGAUUAAACAUCUUGAGCUCGAAUACGUUGUUGUCAUACAAAUCUCUAAAUUUCAAUCUAGAGCGCAACUUGAUAGCUUUUUGAAUCUCUAUCAAAAGGGGCUCUUGUUUAUCUUGAUGCUAACCGCCAUGGCGAUUAAUGUGAUCGCAUACGAAAUCAAAAAUAUUGAACCUGGGUUAGGAUGUGUGACAUGGGCAUUUAAACGUCAGUUAUUUAAUUGGGCCUCCUGA